AUGGUCGGAGCGAAUACAAGACAGUCCAAGGUUUUCUAUCAGGGCCAGACUGAGGACUUCGUCAUAUUUGUUGCAGACAUAGUCACCGCGCAGAAAUGGAAGACAGAUCAUUCAAUCCCGCUUGAGCAGGUGAUGGAUGUGUGGAAGAUAUACUCUUCGCAUCAACAUGGAUCUCAAGGGAUGCAUAAUGAAGCCAGCAGGGCCACUCUUGUGCAUGAGUUCGGGACAUCCAAUGAUCGGGAGGUCAUCUUCCAUAUCUUGGAGAAAGGCGAACUUCAGGAGGGUACCGUGCGUAACAACCUCUCUCUUCGCCUGAUCUCUUCAGGAGCCCUGUCAGAUCAGUCAUUAUCCCAUAUUACAUAG